AUAGGUAAACAGGACAUGAUAUAAGUACACGCCGAUCAUAUGUCCCUCGUAGACCAACUUCUUAACUUACAUUGAACGGGAGUACAUAUUAACCUCAGAGAGUCCACUCUGCACAAAUUGGAAGUUAAGGAUGACGGGGCUCUUUGCGAGCACCCUGCUGUUGCUUUGUGGGUUUCUCGCCCCGGGACUGGCCCACGAAGCAAAGACCGCCUGCUACCAUUCAAGGCGAAACAACGCCUCGAUCUAUGAUUAUAGAGUGGAGACACUCUCUAAGUAUUUCCCAGACAAAGACAUUCAAGAUUAUAAAGACUUCGCACUCCUGGCGUUCCCUUGUAACCAGUUUGGUAUGCAAGAGCCGGGUGCCGGUGAAGAGGAAAUUCUCAAUGGCAUCAGGUACGUCCGGCCAGGGAACGACUUCCAGCCCACGUUUCCUGUCUUCGCCAAGAUCAACGUUAACGGGGAAGACGAACAUGAGCUGUAUACGUACCUAAAGCGAUACUGUCCAGCGCCAGACAAGUUCUUCCGAGCAAAACAUAGGUUGUAUUAUGACAAACAAGAAGUGAACGACAUCAGAUGGAACUUUGAGAAAUUCUUAAUUGACAAACAUGGCAGACCUUAUAUGAGAUACAAUCCUACAACUGCCCCCGAUAGUAUCAGAGCCGAUAUAGAACAACUGCUCAACCAACCAGAUCUCUAGACAACGACCAGUAACGAUAUCUUUCAAUACUAAUAGUUUUAGAUUUAUAGAUAUAUAGAACUAGUAGUGACAUCUUUCAAAAGAUGAUAUAACGUUAACGUUGGCAAAGAAACUAACCGUUAAACUUAGUACAUGAAAAAGACGUUCAAACGAGUUCAUGCUGUUUCUUCAAAAUCAAGUCUAUACAAUUGUCUCUGAAUAUUUACUGAUUAUUAACCUAAUUAUUAAGUUUCACAUACUAGUACCCAUU